CCGUGUAUUUUUAACCUUCUACUGUUCUACACGCCUGCGCCUCUGUUUCCUUUCAUUUCGAAGCGGAGAGUGCCCGGGUAUCCGCAUGGGGGCACUGCGCGCGUUCUUAUCCCCCGCCGCCUCCGCCGCCUCCGCCGCCGCGCGAGCGUCGGAUGUACGGGGCCCUCCGUUGCGUCGGAGAGAGAGAUCGUCUAGAUCGUCUAGAUCAUCCGGAUCAUGUGGUACUCGAGGAGGGUGAUGUUUCCCAACCUAAUGGAGACACAGAAAAGUCAGUUUGCAGCACUAUUGUUAUUAAUGGAAGUGAGGAAGAAGCUGAAAGUCCUAAAACAUCUGAGAAAAAUCAAACUAGGGAAAUAUAUAGUAUUGUGUUCGUAACUGCGGAAGCUGCUCCAUAUUCCAAGACUGGCGGAUUGGGUGACGUCUGUGGUUCUUUGCCUAUUGCUCUCGCAGCUCAUGGUCAUCGUGUGAUGGUAAUAUCUCCGAGAUACUUGAACGGAGUCUCAGAUGAAAAUUUUGCUCAUGCAUUUGACACUGGGAAGCGCAUCAAAGUUCCAUGUUUCGGAGGAGAGCACGAAGUUGGUUUUUUCCAUGAAUUUAGGGCAGGUGUUGAUUGGGUUUUUGUUGAUCAUAUCUCCUAUCAUAGACCAGGAAACCCUUAUGGUGAUGCACAUGGAGCUUUUCGCGAUAAUCAGUUUAGGUUCACAAUACUUUGCUAUGCGGCAUGUGAGGCUCCAUUAAUACUUGAAUUAGGAGGUUACACUUAUGGCCAGAAGUGUUUAUUUCUCGUCAAUGAUUGGCAUGCUGGUCUUGUGUCUGUUCUAUUGGGUGCAAAAUACCGUCCACAUGGUGUUUACAGAGAUGCCCGGUGCAUUCUUGUCAUACAUAACCUAGCUCAUCAGGGGGUGGAACCAGCAACUACAUAUCAAAACUUGGGAUUGCCACCUGAAUGGUACGGCGCUCUUGAAUGGGUGUUUCCCACAUGGGCAAGGACUCAUGCCCUUGACAAGGGCGAGGCUGUAAAUAUUCUCAAGGGUGCAAUUGUCACAGCUGAUAGGAUAGCAACAGUUAGUCAGGGUUAUUCUUGGGAGGUAACAACUGCUGAAGGUGGGCAUGGCCUCAAUGAGCUUUUAAGUAGCCGAAAGGCUGUAUUAAAUGGAAUUACUAAUGGUAUAGAUGUUAAUGACUGGAAUCCCGCUAAUGACAAGUACAUUCCUUUUCAUUAUACGGUUGAUGACUUCUCUGGAAAGGCUCAAUGCAAAGCUGCAUUGCAAAAGGAAUUAGGUCUCGCAAUCAGGCCUGAAUGCCCUUUGAUUGGAUUCAUUGGAAGGUUGGACUAUCAGAAAGGCGUUGAUCUAAUUACUAUGGCCGUACCGGAGCUUAUGCAGGAGGAUGUACAAUUAGUCAUGCUUGGAUCAGGGGACCGAGGAACUGAAGAGUGGAUGAGAUCAGCAGAGUCUAUGUACAAGGAGAAGUUUCGUGGAUGGGUUGGAUUCAAUGUUCCGAUAUCUCAUCGCAUAACAGCUGGAUGCGACAUAUUGCUGAUGCCCUCUAGAUUUGAGCCUUGUGGUCUGAAUCAGUUGUAUGCGAUGCGAUAUGCGACUAUUCCUGUUGUUCAUGGCACCGGAGGCCUUAGAGAUACGGUGGUAAAUUUUGAUCCUUUCGCUAAUGAAGGUAGAGGGAGUGGUACAGGGUGGGCCUUCUCACCACUAACAAAGGAGAGCAUGUUGUGGGCACUGAGGUUGGCGAUUCUCACAUUUAAGGAGCACAAGUCAUCAUGGGAGGGAUUAAUGAAACGAGCGAUGUCGAGAGAUUUCACAUGGGACAAUGCUGCGGCUCAGUACGAGCAGAUAAUCAAGUGGGCCUUCGCAGACCCUCCUUAUGUUAGAUAAGUAUUUUUGUCACGGCGCGAUCAACAUCUCUUUUUCCGACCUCUCUCUCGUUCUUUUACUCAUCAUUUCGAUCUUGCCUAUAUAAAAUUUCUCUUGCCUAUAUGCUGUUCAGGGGGAAAAAUAAGUAGCUUUGGAUUCACUCCAGGACCUUUUAAUACAUCAGGUUAAACAUGACAUGUCACAAAAGUACUAUGACAAUGAAAAAGAAAAAAAUAUACGGUCAACAAGAGUUAGCCCAUUGUUGUCAUGUUUUUUUGCUUUUGCUUUUUUUUUUUUUUUUUUUUUUUUUUUUUUUUAACUACUACUUUUAUUAUUAUUAUUACUAUUAUUAAGUUUUUAAAGAUGGGUACUGAUGCAAUGUCAAUGUAGUCUCAAAGCCAUUUUGGCCGUUGUUUUGUAUGGAUUGAGCACCUAUGGUUGCUGCUCACUGGUGAUUCAUUUUGUUUAGAAUUAAAAUAAAGAUCAAA